AUGAAUGAGCAGCGCACAGUUGCUUCACGGGUGAAAGGCCUCUCGUUAGUGAUCGAGAUCGAGGUGCUGCUGAGGCGGUGGGCGUUGACCGGGACGCCGUUCCAGGCGGAUGAUACAGUGUUGUGCGCGCAACAUCCAAAGCACAGAGUGGAAGAUGAGAUCUGA